AUGCUUCUCUCUCUUUCAGGUAACAAAGCUGCCAACAUCUACGACUUGAUUCCUCCACACUUGCUCGAGUCCAUUAUCGCUCCCUUGCCCAACGAUGUCUUGUUGAUUUUGGCUCUCUCUUCCAACUGCUUCAUUUCUGCGUUGGCCUUGAAAUUGCUCUUCAAAAACCUAAUCGUCGUCUUGAACUCCGACAACUACUACUACUGUCACAAUGGCCUAUUGAACACUUACCAAAAUAAAGACACCAACAACAAGAGUUUCAAGAACCCAAAGCCAUUCAAAUUGAAUGCAUUGAACUUGGGCUUGUUCAGAUCUCUUAUCGCAAAUUUCACCCAUAAUCUCGUCAUCCAGUCCACCAAUAAUUCCUACAAAUCCCUAAUCUCAAAUAACAACCAGCUAGUCAAUCUCGUUCCCUUUACUAAUAUUAGAAAAUUAUCUGUCAUUCACUCAAUAACGUCCUUUGAAAUUGACAUAAUACAGAACGUCCAUGACUUCUUAUCAAAUUAUAUUGACACCUGCAUUUUACUUGAAAACAACCAGCAAAUUACAAGUCUAUCCCUUAAUUUCAACCACAAUUUCAAUCAUUUUGCUUUUAUUAACAACGUUCUACCACUUUCAAAUCAGAAUUUACAAACCUCCUUGAAAACUUUGAAAAUUUCUUCUUCCAAGUUAUCCUUUGUUCCAAACUUGUCAAAUUUCCAUAAAAUUAAGCACUUGAAUCUAUCAAAUAACAAUCUAUCCAAUAUUUCAUCUCUAGGUACUCUUCAAUACCUCAAAUCAAUCAAUCUCUCUAGAAAUCAAUUUUCCUUUAUUGACCCUAUCGAUUUUGACUACAAAAUCAAUAAAAACUUACUCUCAAUUAAUCUAUCCCACAACAGUUUAUCCAAAAUUUACGGUUUAAAUUACUUGUCCAAUUUACUCGACUUGGACUUAUCAAACAAUCAAAUCUACAAAAUAGAAAACCUAAAUGACAACACUAACCUACACUUUCUCAAUUUAUCAAACAACUUUAUCAAAUCAAUUGAAAACUUAAACCCCCUAAAAAAUCUAAAAUUCUUAAAUUUAUCAAACAAUAAAAUUGAAAGAAUUGAAAACUUGAACAACUUGAAAAAUCUCAUCUCCUUGAAUUUAGAAUUCAACAACAUCAAAAGAUUAUACAAUAUCUCCAAAAAUUUAAACUGGGAUUCAUUAAUUGAAUUGAACUUGAAUCAAAAUGACUUGUCCUCUCUAAGAUACUUGAAAUCCUCUUCACCAUCCAACAAUCUAGAAAUUUUAAGACUAAAUAACAACUCAAUUGAUUCCAUCGAUGAAUAUUUAAAUCUAAACUUUAAAAAUUUAAAUUACCUCGAUUUAUCCUUCAAUAGACUUUUCUCCGUCGAUAAUUUGCCACUCUCAAUCAAUUCCCUAAACUUGCUGGGCAACUCAUUAUACGAAAUAUCAAACUACUUAAUUGAUCUCAGAAAUCUAAAGUUCCUAGACUUAUCUUGGAACCAAAUCACCGAUAUCAAUAAUGACAAUAACUUGAAGUUAUUGAAAUUCAAAAAUAAUGUCAAAGUAAACCUCGAAAGCAAUCAACAUAACUACAACACUGAUGAAUUUUAUUACACAAUCUCAAAUUCCACUUCCAGUUCCACUUCAACCUCCUCUUUUACUUACACAAACUACACUUAUUCAAACAACAAAAACUUGUAUCCCCAAGUGUUUCUUCCCGCUAUUAACACUAAUAAUCUUAAUAGCAAUAAUUUUAGUGAGCAAAUUCCAAGAAUAAAAAGCUCACUAAAUAUGGCAAUCGAUAAUCUAACACACAACGAUAAUUUCAGAAACCUUGCUAGUUCAUUUUUAAACAUUUCUUAA